AUGAGCGCAGACGAAAGUGGAGGAACAGGCUCGUUGUCAGUCACGAACGGCGAACCUCACUCCUCCACUCCCGAUCCCUCGAGUUUGGCGACUCCUGGCAAACGAAAGCGUGUGUCAAGUCAUGAUGACAAGCCUGUCCAGGACACGAGUAACUCUUCCUCGAAGUCAUCCCAGGAAAAAUUCAAACUACAGGAGACUCUUCGUAACCUUGUUGAAAUAUUGAGCAAAAAUGAUGGCGAUCUUCAACUUUUAUCGUGUCCGUUGUCAUCGUCGCCAACCAAACCUCGGUCGAAACGAGCAAAAGUGGCGGGGGACAAGGAUGAAGGGUCCAGUAUAGAAGCACGGGUGGCUGCGGAUCGCUACAAUACGCUUUCAGAAUUCUUGAGCGACAUUGAAAGGGCAUCCACCGCGGUGAUUGAGAGGAAUAAAUCCCAAGCCAGUGCAGCCCCGGCGGACGGAACACCCUUGACGGAAACAGUUAAUCGCAUCGCAGCUUUCAAAAAGCUUUUGAACAGCCUCGUCCGCCAGGCACAGUCGAGCCCAUCGAAUAUAAAGACGGAGACAUCGGAGGACGGCUCGGAGGCCCCCGCAAAAUCCACUCCUCCCCAUGAGGAAGCACGCAGUGACAGCUUGGUGUUAACCUUAUUUGGGAACCCGGCGAAUCCGAAGCAUCUGUUCUCAAGCCUCCAGAAGUCUGUCAAGGUUCCAUUGCCGUCCGAUGACCCGCAAACUGAAAAGUGUGUCGAAGUGCAGGCGCCGUUGCGCGAGGACGGGCUACCCAAUGGAAUCACUACCACCAGAGUGGCCCCCCACAACCUUGAGGCCAAGUCGGAAGUACCGAAAAGGACCUUUGGUGAAGUUUUUGCUCCUCGGCCGACCCUGCCUCAGUUGGAACCUCCUCGCCGAGCUCGGUCUACCUCUCGAGGCGCGUUCAACACGUGGAUUGAUCCUUUCGAGGCUAUCACAAAUUUCAAGUCUUUUCUGGGGGAUCGCAACAACUACUGCCUUACCCCCCUACCUUCUGGCCAGUGGCUUCAGUAUGGCGGUGUCACUUCUUCUCCGUCCUACUGGAAUCGCCGGCAGAAGCAGCAGCCAUCGCAUCAGCACGGUGAUGAGAAACCCCACGAGGACUCCGUGAUGUGGGUGGACGACGAUACAUCAGUCUGGCAGGGGGUAUACUCCUCGUUUGCCCCUUCUUUUGACAGUUCGGGGGCAGUCGUGCAAGUCGACUCGAAGGACCUAGUAUGGUGGAACAAGCAAGGAGCGAAACGCCUACACAUGCUUCUCUCGAUACCGUAUCAAGAGGAGAAUGACGAAGCUGUUUCAGAGCGCCCAGGGAACAUUGGGGAGCUGGAUGAGAGUACUUUAGAGGAAAUGGUCAAAACAUUCAACCCGGAGGAUUUUGUUGACAGCGUAUUUAAUAGUUACGCCACCAAGGAUAAGGAAGACAAAACGGAUGGGAAGGAUGAAGAGGAAGAGGAUGAGCAAGGGCCACGAAACAUGGAUGAGCUGUUGCGGGACAUUUCGGAUCUCCUGGAGACUCUGAACUCUUAUCAAAGGAUCCGCAAUCUUGAGCUUUCAAGUUCAAGUAGCCAGGAUGCUGACCCCAAGGAGACCGUGCCUGAUCUGGGUACUGCAGACGCCCCGUCUGCAGCAGAACAGGGUGUAUACGAUACAUUGAGGUCGAGCUUAGCGGCAAUGGUUUCGAAUCUCCCUCCACACGCUGUCGCCAAGCUGAAUGGCGACCAGCUAGACGAACUCAAUAUCAGCCAGAAGAUUGUGAUUGAGAAUCCUGACUAUCAUGGCACUAUGGAGAAGGAUGAUUUCACUCUGCAGCAGGAGCGCUCCGCAGCCAUGGCUCCAGUAGCUGGGGGGGUUAACAGGACAUCCACACCGUCGCGGCCGCCCAACUUUCCACCAGGGUACAAUCAACGAGCUUAUUCUCAUAAUGCUCGGGCCCAGCAAUCGCAGGGCGGUUUCCAGACUCCGCAGCCGUACUACGGCGCACGGCAAUCCUCGACAUCAGGGCCGUAUACCCCAGGGCCGCAGCAGCAUUACUCGGCGGCUCGACCUCCCAGCACUCCGUCCCAGCGCCCUGGCUACCCUCCAGGAUACGCACAGCCUACGCCUCAAUACAACCAAGGGAAUGCAGCGGCCCAAUUCCAAAGACCGGGGUCGAACGGCUAUCACCCUUAUGCCACCCAGCCCGGGAUGCCCACCGCUCAAGCGUCUCCGCAGCAGCAGUUCCACGCACGGCCAGGACAACCGGGAGCGUACAGUGCGCCCUAUGGAGUGGGACGCAGUGCCUCCCCCCAGAAACCACCGUCAUAUACUGCACCACGAACCCCCUAUAUGACGCCGAGUGCCAACCCUCAGCGGUACAUGCCUCAGCAACAGCCUCCUCCGUACGGGAAUUAUCCGUCCAACCAAGCGCCACCAUCCUCAGGUAGCUACUCUAACUCGGCCGCUGCCAUGACUUAUGCGCGAAGUGCUGCCGAGCAAGCAGCACUGAUGGAACGCCACAAGGCGCAGUUAUCGUCCACGCCACAGCCUCCCGCCGAACAAGGUGGAACCCAAGACCGUAGUGUCACGCCAGGGAAUAAGCAGAACGGUACUCCUGUUGCCUCAUGA